GACAUCAGCUCGCAUGAAACAACUACUCAAAAGGAGGAUCGCAACAAUAAUUGUCCAGUUAUUUCAAGUGGGACUACUACACAACCAAAAAUUGACACACUAUUUGCAAGAAAUAAAUCGUUUAAAGAGGGUGGUCCCCGAGAUGCAGAAAUUCGAGAAGCUCUCCUUUUUAUGAUUUGGAAGGACAAUUUAAGUUUAUCCAGAGAAACAGGGCUUCAAGUUUUUCUGCAGCGUUACCAUUCCGCUUUGGACAACGCCCCAUCGUUCGACUUUAACUAACAACAUGGAAAAAAUAUGAAAUUUCAUCGAAUUAUUAUCGCGAUGGAUGGGUGGAAAGAGACCCAUCAAUGUAACAGUUUUUUAGGAGUCACGAUCCAUUACGCUGAAGGGUAUGAAAUGCGGUCCUUGGUCCUGGGGGUCGAUCAUUUAUUGGAAUCCCACACUGCAGACUACUUGGAAAGUAAAGCUAAGGAAUUCCUCUAUUCUUGGAAUAUCAAACCAAGACAAAAAUUGCAUUUCGUACAGUAUCCGAGGACGCAGCCCUUGUUGAUACAGGUCACACACAAUAGAUCUCUUGAACUACCACUUACUCUGAAAACGAAAACUGCAAGAAACGAUACUCUGGUAAACUGGCAAAUGCGAUGGGACGCAAGUAGCAAUGGACUUUGGACCCACCGAUUAAUAUCAAAACUCGAACCAUAGAUAAACCGUUCUCAUGCCGGGAGACACUGAUACAUGUGAUUCCUGCGCUGGCAGCCUUACCGCAGACGUCGAAUAUUUAUUCUUCUACUGCUCCAAUUUUGUCCGAGAACGGAUUUAUCUGAGAGAUAUCUUUAAAGUAGACCCAACACCUGAAAAUAUUUUCUCAAAUAUGGUUCAAUCCUCAGAAAACUGAAAUGCACUUUCCAAUAUAGCAGCAAGAAGAGUUGAACAAGGCAGAAGAAGAGUCUUGAACUUGGCAACACUGGGUUUUAACAUUAAAAAAAUCAAGCAAUAACAGUAAAACUCUCUGCUGGGGAGAGCCGAAAACUAUACCAUAAUGAGCGAAAUAACAGCGGUAUGAUUGGUUUAUUAAUACAGAGAUUGUUACUUGUAUAAAUAGGAAAAUCUACAGACUAGAAAUCAUCAUAAAAUAAUUAUAUUCUCACCAAGAAGUAUCAAACCAAAUUUAAAGAUGCGCUUCUUUAUCGUUAUGUGCGUAAUGGCCACAGCCUCCGCUGAUAAAUUGGGUUACAAUUAUCGUCCAGUAGCUCACUCAGACUCUGGGCUCUCCUUUGCCCCUGGUGGAUCUUCAGGUAGUUUUGGAGGACUCACCGGAUUAAAAGGAUCGAGUGGCAAUGAAGGACUUAGUGGCUUGGGCAGCAAUGACCACCUAGGUGGCUUUAGUGGGCUCAGUGGUUUGGAAGGUGGUCUUGGAGGGUCUGCGGACUUAGGCGGCAUUGGUGCUCCAGUAGGUCGUUUUGGAAGCGUGGGCCCUUCGUAUUCGUCACCUGCCGAAUUCAACAAAGAAUACUUCACAUAUACUGCUCCCGAACAGGAAUUUGAUAAUGCUGAUGCUGCUCAACAAGCUGCCAACUCAUUAAAACAGAACCUGCGUGUUGUUUUCAUCAAAGGACCUGAAAACCAAGGUCUCGAAAAUGCAGCCCUCCAAUUGGCCAAGCACGCUGCCGAAGACCAAACCGCUAUCUAUGUUUUGCAAAAACAGAGCGACAUCUCGGAUUUGGCUAACAAACUCAAUGCGAUUCAAAGUCAAAGCAGCCACAGGCCCGAGGUGCACUUCGUCAAAUACCGCACUCCUGAAGAUGCCGCCAACGCCCAGCAAGCCAUCCAAUCACAAUACGACCAAUUGGGUGGAAGCUCUCAAGCACAUAAUAGUGGUGUUGCCCCUGUGCACAACUUUGCUUCACAGGCUCCUGUUCGCUCGCCAGAAGUGCACGCUCCCCGCAACGCUUACUUGCCCUCGUCCAUUAUUCGUUUUUAAAUGAGGCUCAUGAUAGAUGGCCCAGCCAGUAUUGAUUGUUACCUAUUACCUAAUUGAAGAACUGAAUUAUUAAAUUAGUUGUAUGAAUCAUAUUAACCAAACUGUUAUGAACUUUGCUUGUUACUGUU